CUUCCACUGCUGCGCCGCGCCUUUUCGCCUCCACUUCAAAGCGCCCGGGUGCCUCCACACCACAGAGCGGCGACGAGGGGCGAAGGAGGAGAAGGAAGGACCAAGUUUCUGCUCAGGGCGCUGGAACCGGGCAGACGCAGGAUGAUUGUCCAUGGAGUAUAUCGUAACUGUGCUACAGGAUUUCAUGAAAUCUUACUGAAAUGUAAGGUUUCUCUCUCUCUCUUUUUCCUGCAUUUGUUUCUGGCUUCUUCUGGCAAAGCUGAGAAUAAUUUCUUAGGAAAUUACAGAGCUGUGUUCAAUACCUCAUGUGAAGAAGUAUGGACUUUGUCACCUGCAACGUCUGUGCCUGCUCUUAUGAACUUCACAUUCUGCAUUCAUCUUAAACUAUAUGACCCAAAAAACGAUUGGACGGCAUUCGUCUACAAAAAAGAACCAGACUGCGAUCUACCAGCAUCAGAUUGUUAUGAAAUUGGCCUUACAGGAGGACAAGGCAAAUUGACUGUUUGGCUAUUUGGUGAAAAUAUAACCUGGGAAGAGAAACUGGAUGAGGACACCUGGUACCAGGUAUGCACAGGAUGGCGAAGUGAACCGCAGCAAGUGAAUAUAUAUAUAAAUGGUACAGAAAAAAUAAAUGAAAAAAUAAAUAUAACUCGGCCGCUUGCUGCAGGUGGGCAGCUUUUACUUGGUUGCUCACAGAAGCCUGGCACACCCUCAAAUUCUUCAAGUGGAAUGGUUGGUGAACUGUAUUUGUUCAGAAUGUGGCCUAAAGGAGAACUAUUCCGUACUCAAAAUUGCCAAGAUGGCGCCACUGUUCGCUGGAGGAAGGAUCACUGGGUCUAUAAUAAGACAGCACUGUACAGCAACUCUUUGCCAUGUGGCAAUGCUGGCCGUAUCUCACCAAAAAUUGGAAAAGCUCUAGGAAGUACACCAGCAGACUCAUCCAUUGUCACUUUUGUCACCUACCCUAACAGUGCCACAGAUGCAUCUUCAGAGGAAGCUCUGAAUACUGAAGACAGAACAAUAUACACUGGAAACACAGCUAUGUCAACUUCUACAACUGUGGUUGACAAUCGUGCAUGCAACUUAUCAUCUAUCUGCCAAGACUCAGUCUUCUACACGGGCACUAUGAAAUUUCAGUCCAGGGGAAACAGCUCUAAUGCUUUCUAUAACUUAACACUCCAAUAUCCUGGGGACAGCACCAGUCAGUACCAAUUGCAAGAUACUUCACCAGUACUAAAAGUACCAAACAUUUCAGAUUUCAACCAAACCCUUCAGAGCAUAAGUGAGUCAUCCAUCAUACAGUGUCAUGAAGUAAUCCAAAGAUCAGAGUGCAGUUUCACAAUAAAGGUGAAGAAAAACAUGGAUAUAAGCAGCAUAUUGUCAAAAUUGGAAGGAAAAGCAGAACUUAGCCUAAUAGAGUUGUGCUGUUGUCCAGCUUUUUGGCCUGACUCUUGUCCCUCAACUGUUGAAGAUCUAAAACCACUGCAAUGUGGUAUUUAUGGAGCACUUCCUUGCACAAGCUCUAGAUCUCCUGACACAUCCGUUUUACCUGUUACUCCUUCCACUAUGCCUUCUGAUGUUGUGACUCUGCCUGGGUAUCCUGCCUCUGAAUCAACCACUGCUUCACCUCCACCUUUGACUAAGCCAACCAUUGUUUCACCUCCACCUUUGACUGAGCUUACAACAAAUGACCUUGCUACAAAUACGGUUCUUCCUCUCACUGAACAAAACAGCGUUGUGCUUCCUUCUACAACUCCUACCAGUGCAGUUCUUCCUCCUUUUGAAACAACUAAUCCAGUCUUUACAACAGUGCAUUCCACAAUGGAUGCAGUACCUCAGACUACUUCCAAACCUACAGUAGCAGUUUCCCCAGCCACUUCAACUGCCAUGACCACUACUUUGGAUAUUCUUUCCACUACUGAAACAGAGGGAAGUCCAAGAACAGUCAGCAAAGAACCAGUGUUCCACAACAAGACCAACACUGCCAACAGUACCGAUUUCGAGAACAUAGUUUCUGAAUUGGAGUACAAUUUGACUGCACAAACAAUAUCACCUGUGCUUGCAAAAGCAAUGCUAAACACUGUUGAUUUUCUUCUAAACAUUUCCGCAAAACAUAUAUCUCCACUGUCUAAAAGAAUAAUAAAAAUAGUGGAUGGCAUUGGCUUAAAAUUGAGCUUCCCGGCAGAAUCCAUUAAUUUAAGCUUCCCUUCUCUGGCUCUGGCUGUGCAGAAAGUCAACAGCACCUCGUUUAAUGGAGUUUCUUUUGCUGUUGAAGAUUCCCCACACCUUCAGGUUGCUCUUGGAUCUGAAGUGCCUACAAAAAGUGCUGGAUCCAUUACACUUCCAUCAUCAGUCAUGACAAAUUUGUCUCCAGAAGCUCAGCAUCAGGCUUCUAGAAUUACCUUCAACUUUUUUGAGAAGACAACUCUUUUCCAGGAUCCCUCACUGGACAAUUUGUCCCUGAUCAGUCAUGUUAUAUCAUCAAGCGUUGCUAACCUCACAAUUAGCGACUUGAAGACAAAUGUUACUGUCACACUGCAAAAUGCCAGCCCUACUCAGGGGAAUUUUGUCAGAUGUGCCUUCUGGGACUUCAGUAAAAAUGGUGGCAAAGGAGGCUGGUCCUAUGACGGCUGUGUAGUUAAAGAGAGAAGAACAAAUGCAACCGUCUGCAGCUGCAACCAUCUCACAAGCUUUGGCGUUUUACUGGAUUUAUCAAGAAACACCACUACUAUAUCUCCCACACAAAGGCUGAUUCUAACUUUCAUCACGUACAUAGGCUGUGGCCUUUCAGCCAUUUUUCUUUCUGUUACUCUUGUUACAUACAUUGCAUUUGAGAAAAUCCGAAGAGAUUAUCCUUCUAAAAUCCUCAUUCAGUUGUGUGUUGCUUUGCUUCUUCUGAACCUGGUUUUUCUCCUGAACUCCUGGAUUGCUUUGUAUAAGAACGAAGGCCUGUGCAUCUCAGUUGCUGUGUUUCUUCAUUAUUUCCUUUUGGUUUCUUUCACUUGGAUGGGCCUCGAAGCCUUUCACAUGUAUCUGGCCCUUGUCAAAGUGUUCAAUACUUACGUUAGGAAAUACAUCCUAAAGUUCUGCAUUGUUGGCUGGGGGGUACCAGCAAUUAUAGUAGCCAUUGUACUGAUAAUAUCUCGAGAUAACUAUGGACUUGGCUUUUAUGGAAAGUUUCCCAACGACUCAAAUGAUGAAUUUUGCUGGAUUAAAAAUGAUAUUGUGUUUUACAUCACGGUUGUGGGAUACUUCUGCACAAUAUUCUUGCUGAAUAUCAGCAUGUUCAUAGUAGUGCUGAUUCAGCUUUGCCGAAUCAAAAAGAAGAAGCAACUUGGUGCCCAGCGAAAAACCAGCAUCCAAGAUCUCAGGAGUGUUGCUGGCCUCACGUUCCUACUGGGAAUUACUUGGGGAUUUGCCUUUUUUGCAUGGGGUCCUGUAAAUCUUGCAUUCAUGUAUCUCUUUGCCAUCUUUAACACCUUGCAAGGUUUUUUCAUUUUUAUUUUCUACUGUGUAGCGAAGGAGAAUGUCCGCAAGCAGUGGAGAAGGUAUCUGUGUUGUGGAAAGUACAGACUGGCUGAAAAUUCUGAUUGGAGUAGAACUGCUACAAAUGGAUUAAAGAAGCAGAAUGUUAACCAGGCAGUAUCCACUUCCUCCCAUUCUUUGCAAUCCAACAGUAACUCCACCAAUUCCACCUCAAUGCUAAUGAAUAAUGAUUACUCAGCGCAAGCAAAUGGGAAUGGCAAUGUCUCCAGUGAGAGGAACGGCGUUUCUUUCAACGUGCAGAAUGGCGAUGUGCGACUUCCUGACUUUUCAGGGAAACAGCUCAUAUUUCAAGAGAACCAUGACACAGGCCCUAAGAAAUCUUGCAUUUCACUUAGAAGGACUUCAAAGAGAGGGAGCCUGCACUUUAUUGAACCAAUGUGACAUUAUUAAAAGUUGCUAUUGUUUCACGCAGCGACAUAUAGGUUUAUUUUAACCGUUUUACAUAAUGUGAGAAGACUACCCACCCCCACGCCCCAGAAAAGGACAUUAUUUAAUAUAUAAUAGCAAAGCUUCAAGGCAGCCUCCGAUGAUCAAAAGCGUUUGUAUUGUUUUUUUCUUUUAACGUCAGUGAAAUUAAUUGACAAGGUACGUUAGACGUAGCAUCGUGACUGGAAAACACGACGGGCUAAAUUGUGUGGGGGUUUUUUUAACAGUGGAUGUUACAAGUUCCUUUUACAAGUUCAACUUACAGUUAUGAAUAACUCGAAACAUUGUACAGUAAUGUUGUAUUACUAUAGAUAAUUAGAUGCGAAACUGAAAAAGAUGCUUAACAGCGAGAUCCUUUACAUGUCUGUUCAGAAAUAAGUUCCAUUGAGUUCAAAGGAACUUACUCCUAGAUGUGUGUGUAGGUUUGCCUACAUAGUAAUAUGUGAUGUCUGCAUCUUUUAAUAGGAUGUAGUCACAGAUAUAGUAUUGUAUAUAGACAAAACAACAACUACCUUUGAUUAUCCUUUAUAUUUAUUUCUUGUAAAUUAAGUUUAAUAUUCCUUUGUAUAGAAAAAAAUAGUUGUGCAGAGUUUGAAGCCUUAUUGUAAUUAUAAAUUUAUAUGAAGUGAA